AUGACGAUGCCCACUACGAUGCCGGCGAAACGUCUGGGAAUGUACCAAGUCUACGGUCCUACUCUGGAAAUGAUGAUACAUUCAAUGGACUCAGGACUAGUCCCCUCAACAUGGACUCUUUGUCUAUCUUGUAGGACGAUCCCGCCACUUCUAAAUUCCUUGCCCACGGCACAGUUUGCACACAGACCAGGAAAAAAUACGCAAAGCCAGCGACACGUACAUAUGCAGAAACGUGCCCACCUUGACAUGCCCACAGACACACACAAGCACACAAUCGCUGCCCCCUAUCCUUGGCCGGCUUUAUUCGGCCAUCCUCGUGUCGUCCUCGGCUCCUCUGCCAACCCGACUUACCUCGCGGCAUGUCCACGUCGCAAUGGCGUCAUCUGUGCCCGAACGGGAAUUGCAGGGACUAUUACAAUACCUGUCGAUCUGCCUCACUUGGCUGUCUUUACAUAA